GGGUUGAUCAUUCCACUCUUUUCCUUUUGGAGCUUGAAGAGGAAGCUGUUAGUUAGUGUGCGUGAGAGGGAGACUUUGGUAAUAGAGAAGAAGAUUGCAUCUUCAUAAUGUGUUGGCUGAUGAUGAUGACGAAGAUGGAGAAGAAUGUAACUCUUUUGACUAGAGAAAGAGAUCAGAUAAAGAGCCAAAGUAAAGCACACAACGUAGAAAAGUUGUCCCCUUUGAUAGUCAUUGUUCCUUAUUUUUGUCAAUGAAAGAGAGAGGCCUUGUGACAUCUUUUUUUCUCUUUUCCUUUCCCACACGUUUCUUGUCCCGUGGAUGUGAUUCCUCUUAUUAUUCUCUAUUUUCUCUUUUGAAAUCUCAGGCUCUUUCUUGGAUUACAUUUAUAUCUUCUUAUUCUUCUUCUUUUGCUUCUUCUUCUUCGUCUGUUAUAACUCGUCUCUGCUAGUACUGGUUUCUUCCAAUAGAGAAUUCCAAAAUGCCCAUGUAUGUGCCAAAUAGCCACAAAAGACUAGGAAACAUGAAGCUAGAUGUGAGUAGUGGAGGCCAAGUGCUAGAUCUGGAAACCGCCGUUAAAGAUGGCAUUUUAGGUGGAAGCGGUGGUGGGUUGAUUUCCGUCUCCGGCGCCGAGAAAUUGGAUCUGAAAAAGAUCAUUGAGGAGCUUGAAUCAAUGGAAGUGCCCUCGGUGUUCAUAUGUCCAAUUUCAUUGGACCCAAUGCAAGACCCGGUCACUCUGUGCACUGGCCAGACUUAUGAGAGAUCCAACAUCCUCAAAUGGCUGUCUCUCGGCCACUAUACUUGCCCUACUACAAUGCAAGAACUCUGGGACGAUGCGGUCACGCCAAACAAAACUCUGCAGCAGCUCAUUUUUAGCUGGUUCUCCCAGAUGUAUUUGGCUGUGAAGAAGAGAUCCGAGGACGUGCAAGGGAGGGUUAUUGAGGUUUUGGAGACUCUAAAGAAGGUUAAGGGUCAAGCUAGAGUUCAAUCUCUAAGAGAGCUUAGGCAGAUUGUCACGGAACAUGCCACUGCGAAGAAGGCAGUGCUAGAUAAUGGCGGCGUUGCCUUGGUUUCUUCCUUGUUGGGUCCUUUUACUACCCAUGCUGUUGGGUCCGAGGCAAUUGGGAUUCUUGUGAAUUUGGAUCUUGAUUUCACAUCCAGGACAAAUUUGUUGCAACCUGCCAAGAUUUCUUUGAUGGUGGAUAUGCUAAAUGAGGGUUCGAUUGAGACCAAGAUUAACUGUACGAGAUUGAUUGCAAUGCUGAUAGAAGGGAAGGAUUUCGACUCGGAAAACUUGUCAAGCUUGAGCCUUUUGGUUGGUUUGUUGAGGUUAGUGAAAGAUAGGAGACAUCCAAAUGGGGUAGUGGUUGGCCUUGGUUUGUUAAAAACCCUUUGUUCUUUUGAAUCUGUUAGGAACUCAGUUGUGAGCAUUGGGGCAAUUCCUCAUUUAGUGGACCUAUUGCCCAGUUUGAAUAAUGAAUGUUUGGAGUUUGCACUUUGUAUUUUGGAGUUUCUUUCAACCAUAUCAGAGGGAAGAUUGGCUUUAAAGGAUUGUGCCAAUACAAUGCCGAACAUGGUGAAAUUGUUGAUGAAGGUAUCUGAAAGGUGUACUCAGCUUGCAUUAUCCAUACUAUGGGUAGUUUGUCAGCUUGCACCAGAAGAAUGUGCUGCACUUGCUGUGGAGGCAGGUUUGGCAGCGAAGCUGCUGCUUGUAAUACAGAGUGGGUAUAAUCCUGAGCUGAAGCAGAGGUCAGCUGAGCUCUUAAAAUUGUGUAGUCUAAAUUACACAGCUACUAUCUUCAUUUCCAAGUGUAAGCUUACGAGAACAAUACAAUGAAGGAAAAUGCCAGUUUGUUGAUAUAUACAUCAUCCCUUUUCCUUUGUCCCAAGAAGCAAACGGACUAAAGCUUGUAAGACAUGGUAGAAUAGAGUCAAUUGGGGUUUCUAAGGAACCCUUUUUUCUCUUCGUUGUGAAUAUCAGAGUUCUUUUGAUACAUCCUAUUUGUUUCACUUUACAGAAGCUUCACACAAUGUGGAAUUGAGGUUAACAACAUAUGGUGUAGUUAUUAUUUGUUAAUCCACUGUCUAUAAGUUGGUGUUUUUCCCAAUUCCCAGUCAAGUUGAUACUGAACUGGUCUGCUCUUGUUUUCCAUGGUGCUACUAGUUCUGGUCUGUGCAUCUAAAAUUGUUUCCACAGGCAAGAGCUUUGUAAAGCAUCUGCAAUGGUGAUUAGAAGGGUUUGGAUGAUGAGAAUACAAGCAAUGUAGAGAGGGAAGUUCUUGUAAAAGCGUGUUUCUCAAUUUUUCUGUCCUUAAGUUUUUAAGAUUUCUUUUGGGAGGGAGCAUAUGUUUCAGUAUCACCUUGUAUCUACAUCGUAGAGGCCUACAUCCUAUUGCCCUUAUGACAAUACACUGUGAAAUCAUGAAUUCUUCACUUUCUUUAUUUUGGAACUUUGUAUAUAUUUUCAGACUUCAUAUCUAAUUAUGUUUCCUUUUUAUUUCAA